ACAUCAAUUUGUAAGGAUUUUAUCUAUUGAAGAAUUAUUGGCUAUCUGUGCCAUCACUACUAAGGAAGUUACACCCAAGGUAAUCAAGUUUGCUAUUGAAGAGAUUGCUAUUAUUAAGGAAUUUGCUAAUAGCUAA